AUGUUAAUCUGUGACAUGAUUCACGGAAAAACAUUUAUUAAAUGGGACGGUUUCAAUAUAUCAACGUUAAUUUUUGUGAUACUGGAAGGCAUGCAACAAGGGACGGUCACCUUGUUGCAUCACCUCCCCAGUAAUAACACUCACUCAGGAGCGUAUGCCGAUGACACGGUAGUAUAUGUUGCUCAUGGUAAAAUUCCAGUAAUAGAACAAAAAUUAACAACAAUAGUGAACCAAUUGUAUCAUUACUUGAAAGAAUGGAACCUUAAGAUGAAUGCUGAUAAAAGUGAAACAAUACUUUUUAGAAAAACAGUAAACGAAAUAACACCUCAGACUAUAAAGAUUCAGGAAGAUAAAGAAGACCUCAAUCCCUAA